AUGUCACUUGUUGUGUCAACUCUUCCAAGCGGUGUCGUAGCUAUCAGGACAAAUGGUUCACUAGUUGUUCCGGGUUACGGUAAGGUUUCAUCACGCAGGACUGUUACUCGAGGCAAUUCAUCAAGUCGUACAACUGAAAGGACAUACACCACAUGGAAAUGGUUUAUGAUGGCUAAGUGGGACAUGAAAGAGCAUAAGAUUGUUUAUUGGCAAGAAUGGGAGGAAGAGUGUGAUGAAUAUGUAAUGGCUGAUGGAAGUGUGUGGAGAACACCAUGGGAAGAGGUGAGUGGUUCUCGUCAUACAAGACGGGAUCAUAUCGUCACUUGCUUAUAUUGA